AAUCUAAAGAUUGCGUAGUUUACAUUGCAUCCAAGAUCAUGCCGGAUAAUAAGAAGACAAAUGGAUGUUGUUCAUGCUUAGAGUUGGGUCACCAAGUAGUCAGUGAAUCAAUGCAUGGUGCAUGGCUAGCUUCCACUGAGUUAAACUCUCUCCAUAGUUCACAAAACAAGAAACUUUGCAACUGUGAUCAUGCUUUGAUUACUACUUCAAACACUACUACAACUAGCUCCUUUCUUCAUUCAGUCAUCAACAUGGUUGGCAUGCUCAUAGGUCUUGGACAAUUAUCAACUCCAUAUGCACUAGAGAAUGGAGGAUGGUUAUCAGCAUUGUUGCUCAUAGGACUUGGAAUCAUGUGUGCAUACACAGCACACAUCAUUGGCAAAUGCCUUGAAGAGGACAACAACUCAAAGACAUAUGCAGACAUUGGUCAUCAAGCAUUUGGAAGAAAAGGAAAACUCAUAGCCUUUAUUUUCAUCUAUGUAGAGAUUUUCUUCACCCUCGUAUCUUAUACGAUCUCUUUAAGCGAUAACCUUAGCUUAGUCUUCGCCGGAGUUCAUCUCCAAGUUCCCGGCCUUCGCCUAUCUACAUCUCAACUACUCACGGUAAUAGCCAUUGUGAUUGCUCUUCCAAGCAUUUGGUUGAAGAAUCUCUCCUCUAUUUCCUUCUUGUCCUUUGGAGGAAUUCUCAUGUCUAUGUUGAUCUUUUCAAGUGUUGCAUGUUUAGCCGCUUUUAGUGAACUAAAAAGCAACCAAACUAUUCCAAUUCUUCAACUCCAUAAGAUUCCCUCCAUUUCAGGCCUUUAUAUCUUCAGUUAUGCCGGUCAUAUUGUCUUCCCCAACAUCUACACUGCCAUGAAAGAUCCUUCCAAAUUCACCAAGGUAUCAAUAACAAGCUUCACUUUAGUGACAACACUCUACACUGGAUUAGCAUUCAUGGGAGCCAAACUCUUUGGUCCAACAGUGAGCUCACAGAUGACACUAAGCAUGCCUCGACAUCUCAUCGUCACGAAAAUAGCGCUGUGGGCGACGGUGCUCACACCGAUGACUAAAUACGCGCUAGAGUUCACGCCUUUUGCCGCCCAAUUAGAUCACAAUCUUCCUUCUUACAUGAGUUCAAGAAUGAAGAUGGCCAUUAGAGGAAGCAUAGGUUCACUUCUCUUGUUGCUCAUAUUGGUGCUAGCUCUUUCAGUGCCUUACUUUGAAUGUGUUCUAAGUUUAACUGGUUCACUAGUUAGUGUUGCAAUUUCAGCCAUCUUUCCUUGUGCUUUUUACUUGAAGAUUUUCUGGCCUAAACUUACAAAACAAGUGGUGGUGCUCAAUGGAGUUAUUAUAAUUAUUGGAGCUGUUUUUGGAGUUAUUGGAACUAUCUCCUCUUCAAAGUCACUGAUUAUGAGUUUUCAGAGAGGCCAUUAGAUGUACACAUGCAGUGAGCUUUAAAUUUUUAUUUUAUAUGUAUGAUAUUAAUUAUCAAGGAACAACACUGUAUCAGAGUUUCAGUUUUA